CGCGUUUUUUUCAGACAAAUCAAGUUAUACAGAAUGACUCUUGUCCAGCAAGUGUCAUUUUGCAGAGUAUAUCAAUGUUAUCGACAAUUGUCGACCCAGAGUUACUCAAAGAAGUCUGCUAAGCACAGGAACAAAAAAUACCAAGCCGCCUCAAAUGACAACAUUAUUAAGAGUCGAACUCUUUGGGAGCCUUUUCGGGAGGUGCUUUCUGACCAUGCCUUGGGAGCAGAGAACCAUGUUGUUGAGGAAACACCGAAGGAUGACGGCGCCGGGCGCGCCGCGCGCUUCUGGGGCGUCUCGCCGGCGGAGGCGCACGAGCGCGCCGCCGACGCGGUGACGCCGCUGUGGCGACUGGCCUACCCGCGCCAGCUGGAGGUGAAGCAGGCGCGCGUGACGGCGCUGCUGCGCCAGCUGGCCGGCCGGCUGCCCGCCACGGAGCCGGCGGCCGGCGGCCGGCGCCGCUCGGCGCUGCCCUGCCGACUGGACACCAUAGUACCCUCGCCGCUGGUAGACGGGUACCGGAACAAAGAAGAAUACAAGAUCGGCGAGGGCGCUGACGGCCAUCCGCGCACCGUCGGCUUCAUCUUCUCGAGUCCUUCGCGCGGGCCCCCGCUCUGUCUGCCCGGCGACCGGUUGCGAAACUGCCGGCCAGAGCACGCCCGCACUGCCCUGGCGUUCCAGCAGUUUGUGCGCGAGUCGCCGCUGGCUGCGUGCAGUCGGCUGGACGACGGCGGCCACUGGCGCUCGCUGCUGGUGCGCAGCAGCCGCGCCGGCCACCUGCUGGCCGCCGUCACGCUGCACCCGCAGCGGCUGGAGCCGGCCGCCAUCGAGGCUGAGAGGCGCCGGCUGGCCGAGUUUUUCCGCGCCGGCCCGGGCGCCCACUGCCGGCUGGACGCGCUCUUCUUCCAGGAGUGCGGGCACGCGCGCUGCUCGGCCGACCAGGCGCCGUACCAGCGUCUGUUCGGUGCGGCGGCGCUGGAGGAGCGGCUGGGCCACGUGCGGCUGCUCGUGUCUCCGGGCUCGUUCCUGCAGGUGAACGUGCCGGCCGCCGAGCAGCUCUACCGGGUGGUGGAGGAGAGCGCGCGCCUGACGCCCGCCUCUGUGCUGCUGGACCUCUGCUGUGGCACCGGCCCAGUGAGUCUGCUGCUGGCCCGCCGCUGCCGCCAGUGUAUCGGUAUCGAGGCGACGCCCAGCUCCGUACACGACGCGAAGGAGAACGCCCGGAUCAACGGAAUUCAUAACGUGGAGUUCAUCAGCGGCAGGGUAGAGCAGGAGCUACCGCACGUGCUGGCCGACCUGGAGCUGAGCUCCGACCUGGUCGCCGUGGUGAACCCCGGCCGGGACGGCGUCGCACCGCGCGUCAUCGAUCAGCUGGUGGCGGCGCCGCGGCUGCGCCGGCUCGUCUACAUCGCCUGUCAGCCGGACCACCGUCGGACGGCGGCCAACCUGGCGGCGCUGUGCCGGCCGCCGGCCGCCGGCCGGCCGCUGCGGCUGGCGCGCGCCACGCCCGUCGACCUGUUCCCGCACACGGACCACCUGGAGCUGGUGCUCACCUUCGAGCGGUGACCGACACCGGCGCAGGGGUGCCGCGGUGACCGGCACCGGCACAGUGGUGCGGCCGGUGACCGGCGCCGGGGUGACGCGAUGACCGGCACCGGACGUGCCGCGGUAACGCGGUGAGCUCAGAAUGUGAUAUGCUGACGUGGCGCCGCCCGGUGCCCAGUAUUCAGGUGACGGAUACUGGUGGAGCAGUGUAAUGUGCCGGUAGGGAUGCCAGAAUUAUCGUCCAUGUCUUACUGGAGUGGACAUGUUUUUGCUGUGCAGUUGUCAUUGAAAAAUCAUGUCAUGGCUGAUCGUCAAGUCGCACAUAUGUGAUGUUUUUGAUAUUUGCAUUGAGGGCUACGACGUCCAUCACCGUACAAUUUUGACAUGGUUCCGUCAUUUGCAAACAGUAUGCCCGGCUGACUGUUUAAUAAUAAACGCUCACUUUAAACGCUAUAUGUCAGUGUGCUAUGUCACCCAGAGGCGC